GUUUCGGUGAGGGAGUAUGAAAAACAAAAAACAAGAUGAAAAUAGGAAAGGAAUAGCACAGAUACCAGCUGCAAUUUCUUCCGGCUCCCGAGUUACUGCUAUCAUCACGGAACAGGCAACUUCCUUCAAAAUCGUUGAUACAACCCACCGCCGGCAAUGUCGGCGGCCAAACACUCGCAGUUACCGACAUCUCUUGCCACCGUCUGCACUCUCCAAGGCUCCAUCAUUACCCUUGCCGUUCUAACUUUAGUCUCCUUCAGUUGCAUCUCGCUGAAGUCUCUCAAUUCACCUUCGCUCGGAACCUCCACAAAUCCUUCUCCUUUCCAACACGACCUGGUAAUAAAUUCGGCUUCUAAUGACACUGAAAGUUCGAAAUUUAUUGAAGCACCAGUGGAGUUAUUAUCACCUCUGGAGAAUCAAUUGUCAGAUGUGUAUCAUUCACCAGAUGUAUUCAGAUUGAACUAUGCCGAAAUGGAGAAAAAGUUCAAGGUGUAUAUAUAUCCAGAUGGUGAUCCGAAUACGUUUUAUCAGACUCCAAGGAAGCUGACUGGGAAGUACGCCAGCGAGGGCUAUUUUUUUCAGAAUAUUAGGGAGAGUAAGUUUGUUACAGACGAUCCAGAUGAGGCUCACUUGUUCUUUAUUCCAAUAUCUUGCCAUAAGAUGAGAGGAAAGGGAACAUCCUACGAGAACAUGACGAUAAUUGUACAGAACUAUGUGGAGAGCUUAAUAGCCAAGUACCCAUACUGGAACAGAACCCUUGGCGCUGAUCACUUUUUCGUUACUUGUCAUGAUGUUGGUGUGAGGGCUACUGAAGGACAUCCGUUUCUCAUUAAGAACUCCAUUCGUGUUGUGUGCUCCCCAAGCUAUGAUGUUGGAUAUAUUCCACACAAAGAUGUUGCCCUCCCACAAGUUUUGCAACCAUUUGCCCUUCCAGCAGGUGGAAAUGAUGUGGAGAAUAGGACAUCUCUGGGGUUCUGGGCGGGCCAUAGGAACUCAAAAAUCAGGGUCAUCUUGGCGCGUGUGUGGGAGAAUGACACAGAGCUUGAUAUAUCUAACAACAGGAUAAACAGGGCUACUGGGCAUCUACUCUAUCAAAAGAGAUUUUACAGGACUAAGUUCUGCAUAUGCCCUGGUGGCUCUCAGGUCAAUAGUGCUCGCAUAGCAGACUCCAUACACUAUGGGUGCAUUCCAGUGAUACUCUCUAAUUAUUAUGACUUGCCAUUCAAUGACAUUCUCAAUUGGCAUAAAUUUGCGGUCGUACUCAGGGAGAAGGAUGUAUAUGAGCUAAAGCAGAUUCUCAAAAACAUUACUCAAGCAGAGUUUGUGACUUUGCAUUACAAUUUACUCAAGAUCCAAAAACAUUUCCAGUGGAAUACACCUCCUAUCAAAUAUGAUGCUUUUCAUAUGGUCAUGUAUGAAUUAUGGUUGCGCCACCGUGUGGUCAAGUAUUGAGAUGCAACAUAGCGACAUGAACUUAUACAUCACUUAACCUGAGAAGCUUGCUGGCUCUGAAAUACCACCGAUUGAAGUCAAAUAUGAUGCCUCCCUGACAAUGGACUUUACUUCAGAUACAUUCAGAAGGUUGUAAAUAACGGCAUAAUAAUUUUGUUUUUAAUAUUUUAAAUCUGUUCUUCAUUCGUUAGUUAUCCCUUGUAUGUAUUUUGAUUAGUUCUUUCUCUUUUUACCUGUGGGAUGUGGGAACUAGAGGCAAAACUGACCGAGUUCAAGAUGAUCUAUUUGUCUGCAUGUUUAUAGGUUCUUUUUGUACCUAGCAAGUAACCUCGAACUAUGGAAAUUGCAGCAGUUUAAAAAUC